AUGUCGGAUACAUUUUUUUGGAACGUGCGUGGAUUAAACGAACCAUCAAAACACUGCCCACUAUCUAACUGGCUGUAUAGAAGACCAGUAUCUUUUGGGGCGCUUUUAGAAACACAUGUUAAGGUUGAAAGCAAGCAUCAUAUUUUGUCAGCUAUUAGAGGGGGUUGGUCUGUGGUGACUAACUAUGAGUUUUCGGAUCUUGGAAAGAUUUGGGUGCUAUUCAGGGCACCAACGCAAGUGAGAGUUCUUUUUAAAGACCUGCAAUCUAUCACCUGCGAUGACGGGACGGUUUUCUGUUACACGGCAAUGUACGCUUCAAAUGAUGAGGAUACACGGAAGGAGCUCUGGAUUUCUCUGCGUGAUACCUAUGCUUCCUUUAACCUUCAGAAUUUACCAUGGUUAGUUGUUGGUGAUUUUAACGAAAUACUGCAUCCGGACGAGACUUCUAAUGCUAACAUCUCGUCAACAACUAGAGGAAUGAGAUGUUUUGGUGAUUUAUUAUCAGACACUAGAUUAUUUGACCUGCAUUGGACCGGCCCUAAGUUCACAUGGCUCAACAGCAGACCUUCUGAUCCUAUUGGCAAGAAGUUGGACCGCUACCACUCCCCGGGAUUUAUCAAGCUAUCUUCUGACCCUCCGUCCUUCGGUACGAGGCCUUUCAGAUUCUACAACCUUCUUCUAAAGAACUCUCAGUUCCUGAACAAGGUGGAACAAUCCUGGUCAGUUGUUGGUUUUCGAGCUGGCUCCCUAAGGGACUUCGGUUACAAGUUAAAAAAUCUAAAGCGCCCUAUGAAAUCACUGCUCAAAGACAACUACAGUGACAUUGAGAAAAGAGUGGCAGUAGCUAUGGAGGACCUUUCAUUGAAGCAGUUGCUGGCUCUAAACGAUCCCUCUUCUCUUAAUGUUCAGAACGAGGUUGACGCUCGCAGAGUCUGGUCUGAAUUAAGAGUAGCGGAAGACAGUUUCUUCCAUUAG